GUGAGAGUGAGAAAGAGAGGUAUAUCAUCAUCAAAUACAUUGUUAAUAUUAGUAUGGAGCACUUGGUAUCGGUCGCCCUAGUGCAAGGAUUCAUGGCAUUAGUUUUCAUGGCCUUGUUUGUAUUAUUCUACAAGCACACAUCUCCCUUCGUCGGCAACCUGCCGCCAGGCAAAAUUGGAUACCCAAUAUUCGGUGAGACCAUGGAGUUCCUCUCCACCGGAUCGAAAGGCCACCCUGAAAAGUUCAUCUUCGACCGCAUGGCCAACUUCUGCUCCAGCAUCUUCAAGACCUCACUCCUCGGAGAGCCGGUUGCUGUUUUCUGUGGCUCCACAGGCAAUAAGUUCCUAUUCUCUAACGAAAACAAGCUUGUCACUACAUGGUGGCCAAGCUCCGUCCAGAAACUCUUCCCCGCUACCACUGAGCAGACCACUACUGCAUCUCAGGAGGCCAAGAAGUUACGCAAGAUCGUCCAUCCGUUCUUGAAGCCCGACGCUGUCCGAGGCUACAUCGGCAUCAUGGACACCGUAGCCCAGCGCCACUUCGCCGACAACUUGGAAAGUAGCGGUGGCGAAGUUGUUGCCUUCUCUCUGGCCAAACAAUUAACCUUCUGGAUAGCUGCCAGGGUGUUCCUCAGCCUCGACGACCCCAAGGAGAUACGUAAGUUUGAGGAGCCCCUCAAGCUAUUGGUCUCCGGAGUGUACUCCAUCCCCAUCAACCUCCCAGGGACCACCUUCCACCGCGCCCUUAAGGCGUCUUUUUACCUCAGGAAAGAGGUUAUUAAGAUAAUCAAGCAGAGAAAGGUUGAGUUGGCGGAGGGCAAGGCCAACCCCUCGCAGGACAUCUUGUCCCACAUGCUUGUCACCUGCACCGACGAUGGCCAAUGCUGGACCGACCUGGACAUUGCCUGCAGGAUUAUCGGACUCCUCAGCGGCGGCUACGACACCACCAGUUCCGUCUGUACCAUUAUUGUCAAGUAUUUGGCCGAGCUUCCCCAUGUGUACGAGGCCGUCUACACAGAACAAAUGGAGAUAAAAAAGGCAAAGAGGAGAGGCGCAGGAGAGCUGUUGAACUGGGAUGAGUUGCAGAAGAUGAAGUACUCAUGGAAUGUGGCCCAGGAAGUGCUCCGAGUGGCUCCUCCGUUGCAGGGGACUUUCCGUGAAGCCCUGGACGACUUCGUGUUCAACGGCUACACCAUUCCAAAGGGGUGGAAGCUGUACUGGAGCGCCAACUCCACCCACAAGAACCCGGACUACUUCCCCCAACCGGACAAGUUUGACCCCACCCGGUUCGAGGGGAAUGGCCCUGCACCGUAUACGUUCGUGCCGUUCGGAGGUGGACCCAGGAUUUGCCCGGGGAAAGAUUAUGCGCGGCUAGUGAUCCUGGUGUUCAUACACCACUUGGUCACGCGCUACAGGUGGGAGAAGAUCAUUCCCGACGAGAACACCGUCGUCGAUCCCUUGCCCAUCCCCGCCAAUGGCCUUCCCAUCCGCCUCAUUCCCCACCCUCACCUCACCACCACCACCAUGCACUGAUCGAUUAAUAGCAUCAUCAUCCAUCCAUCCAUGCACGGACACCACUACCUUGCACUUUGCUUCCCUUAAUAAAUAUUAUGAGUAUGGCUAACUAAGCAAAUAAUAUGCUUUGGACAAGCUAAAUAACAACACUGGUAUAUUAUUAUCUUACCUCAUGUAAUGUGUAUUGUCUUUGUAAUUUUGUUUCUUUUUCAUUUUACUAUAAUGGCACCGUGGCUUUCCUUAUUUUGGGUGGCUUGUAUGGAAGUACCCAUUUUUACUUGAGAAAGUGAACUAAGAUAUUAUAGUUGUUAUUGACAAUUUAGUCAUAUUUUGGA